CGCGAGGCCCCGCCCCCAGCAGGCUAGGCUGCGCGGGGCCGCGGCGGCGCGGGCAGGUGCCGCGGGCUGCGGGCAGGUGGCGGCACGGCGCGGGCAGGCGGCGGCGGCUGCAGGACCUGCUGAAACCCAGCCCUGCGGGAACGAGCCUCCCUGCCCCCGUCCGCCUCUGCCAUGGGAGUGUGCGGCCAGCCCCGUUCGCGAUGAGACGUGACGCCGUUGACUUUCUCAGGCAGUCACACAUCCCCAGCCGGCGCCUGCCAGCUCGGUGCUUGCUUCUCUGGUUCGGAUGUUCUUAAUCCCCAUGGGCCCACAACCGUAGCCAUGGCGACGCGGGUUGAGGUCGGCUCCAUAGCUUCCCUGACAGGAGUGCCAGGCCUCGGCGAGAUCGCCCAGGAGGGGACCCUGAAGCGGACCUACUUCCGCCAGGCCGGUGACACCCCCGGGCCACCCUCCCCGCUGCUCUUGGAAGGAAAAAGCCCCCUCAGGAGCCCGGCCCGCUUACUCCCGCUGCCCAGACUUGCCCCCAAACCCUUCUGCAGGGAGAAGGUCCUGGACGUGAACCCCCCCGUCCCAUCCUUGGGGCCCGGCCCAACCAGCCCGUCUCCCUGUGGGUGCGCCCAGGACGUGGUGGCAAAGGACCUAGGCGAGAGGAUGCCUGGCUUGGUGGGGCAGGAGGCGGGGAACGGGGAAGGCCUGAGGAGAAGCUCGUCUUCGUUCAGCAAGGCUGCCUUCCCGCGGCCCCGACCCAGCACCAUGAUUCUCUUUGAAACCACCAAAGCCGGCCCCAUUCUGGGGAAGGGGGCCAAUGAGGGGGCUCGGGAGGCCACCACGGGUGUGUCUCAGGAGCCCGUGUGGGGCUCCCGGCCCGAGGUGGCCACCAAGCCCGCCCUGCCCGCCCGAAAGCCUGCGACCCUUCCCCGACCGGCCUCCUUGUCACAGGACACCAGGCCAGCUGCCCCCCAAGAAGAGAAAGGCCCAAACGAGCCUGUCUCAAAGGCCAGCGGUGUGGAGGACACGGGUGACCUCGCUCUGGAGCCCAGGCCUCUCCAGAGGAGAAGGCCUGUGUCGGCCAUUUUCAUCGAAUGCAUUCAGCCUCAGAAGCCAGGCCCAGGCGGGGCGGCCGCGGUGGGGAAAGCACCCCCCACCCCGCCUGAGAAGACGUGGGUGAGGAGGCCCAGGCCCCUGUCCGUGGACCUCACGGCCCGGUUUGAGAGCAGAGAGGCCUUGCUGAAGAAGGCGGCCGAUGAGGCCACUGCGGGUUCCACUGCCCAGUGUCGGGGGCCCGAGAGGUCCGACCCGGAGCCCAAAGUGGAUGGGGAGUGUUUGGUCAAAGCAAACCUUCGCCUUUGUGACCCAGACUCAGACUUCCCAGAGGUAGCCAAGAAGCCCCGAGAACAGAAGGAGAGGGUGCUUUUUAAGCAGGCGGAGACGGGCAGCCUCAGAAGUGCUGGGGGCUCAGCCAGGGGCACCCCCACGGUUGACCAGCACCCCGGGGAGGAGAAAGUGAAGCUGCUCAGGGAGCCGGAGAAGGUGCCUCCGCCCCUCUCGCCCAGGCCAGGAAAAGACCAAGAAUUUGCUGAGGUCAAGAGCAGAGCCGCCGACGGGGAAAGCCGGCUGGAGGGUGGAUGGACCCUCAGGGGCAGCAUCAAGAAGGGCAUCAGCCUGUUUGGGGAGGAGAGCACUUUGGCUUUGGCCGCAGAAUCGGAACACCCACCGGCCACCCCUGGGCCCCCGUUGGCUGCCCCAGAGCGUGGGAAAGCGGUUGUGAGCGUCCAGGAGCGGAUCAAAGGCUGGGCCGCUGAGAGCUCAGAGGCAAAGCCAGAGAUCAGGAGAAAGCCUUUCCAGGCACGGCCAUUGUCGGCGGAUCUGACCAAACCGUUUUCAAGCCCAGCUUCAAGCAACGAAGUCCGAUAUGAGAAGUGUUCUGAGCUAAGUGGCGAGCUUCCUCAGGAACCCGGAGAAAAGCAAAAGGAAGGGCAUGUUGUGGAUAGAGCAUCCGUCCUGAGAAGCUCCUGGAAGCCUGGAACGCUCCGAGAGAAGUCGAGACAGACAGAGUGGAAGGACAGUCCUAACCAAGUCCCUGGCAACCAUCGGGGUGAGAGCUCGGUGGGGGCUCUGAGCCCUUCUGACAGCACUCCAGAAGAUGAUGGAAGCUUCCAGACUGUGUGGGCCACGGUGUUUGAGCAUCACGUGGAGAGACACACAGUGGCUGACCAGUCAGGACACUGUCCCUCGGCCAUGGCCCCCAGAGAUGUGGCUGAUGCCAGUGUCUCAGAGUUCAGACCCAGGCGCGAGAGAAGCUCAUGGCUGGGGAAGGACCUGCCUGAAAAGACAGCCCUCAAGAAACAGAGCUCCAGAGGGUUCGAAAAUCCUGAUGCAGAGAAAUGGGGACAGACUGUCGUUUCAAAUGGUGAACCCAGACAGUGUCACAUGCCCUUCCCGGAAGAAUACCCUUUGGACGAAAAACACAAUAAGAACCCCUUCCUCCAACAUGCUGAAAACCCUCCCUCAUCCCAGAGGGUCGAGCCCAAGUAUGACAUGAUGCACACAGUGGGCAAGUGUGCGCACAGUGAGGCCGUCUCCGUGGCGUUGGAGGAAAGAGCCAUGACCCUGCGAAGUGGCAGGUCUCGGCUGUCACCAAAGGGGAGGCAGCAGUCCCGUGAGGUCACCCCUGCAGAGCCAGAGUGCAGGCUGGAAGGUCAGGCGGGGUCCAUCCACAGGGCCAGUUUGAUUUGGGAAGCUCAAGGGACUCAUGAGGUCAGUGAGCCAAGGCCUGACUUCCGGGAGCCAAAGGACACGUUUGGGGGCAAUUGCCUGUCACCCAAAUGGACAGGGGGGGCGACCUUGAACUGGCAUAAAGCUACCGUGGUGGCCAGUGAAGAGAAAGGCUCGGAACUGAGCCCCGGGGCCAACAGCGAGCGCUCAGCCAGGUCAUGCGGCUCCGAAGUCCCCUCUGGGAGGGCCAUCCAGGUGGCCGUCUGGGAGGCCCCGCACGAGGGGCCCGCUGGGCCCAGAAACAAGUCAGGAGGCUGCAGCUCAGCCGGAGAAAGGGGUCCCCCCCGGGGGUGCCCUCUGGAUCCUCUCUGUCUGGCUAAGGACGAGCCCUCCGACUUCCGAGCCCGACCACAUCCAGAAGCGCUUGUGCAGAGAGGGCCCCUCACUGUGGCUUCCGGUGAGGGUGAACCCAGGCCAGCCCAGGCACCAGAGCCUGAAGUCAAGAUGCGGAAGGCAGGUCCCGCGGACCAGAGAUUCGAGAGGUGGCGACGGCGGACAUUACCGCACGACGUGAAGUUUGAGGAGUUCAGCUUCCUGGCCCCAGAAAACACCUCGAAGAUGGAGCAGAGGCGAACAGACCGUUUGAGCCCCACUGUCAGUGCCUUAAGAAAACCCCAGCUCUCCCACAACAGGGUGGAGGCCCAGGAGGAGAACCCAAGUGCUUCACAGGACCAGACUCGCCCAGCGGUGAAGCAACGGUCCUCUCUGGAACCCAAGGCGACAUUUUUUGCAGUGACAUAUCAGAUUCCUGAUACUCAAAAAGCAAAAAGUACUGUUAAGUCAGGGCCCGAAAACUUGACGGAACAUUCUAGAAAACCAGCACCGCCUCCAUCUCCUCAUCCUCGAACACCUACCUUGGCUUCUCUUCACCAUGAAGGGCCACUGGAGAGCAAGGGCAGUAAAAACUGGACUAAGGGCAGAGAGCACGACCACACAAGCUUUUCAAAGCCUCUGAAGCCAACAGACCGUCUGUCACCUCUUGGAGACAGGAUUCUGGAUCCUUCUGGUGAAAGAAUCACGGAUGCCGACGCCUCAUGGAGUCAUCGGGGACCAGAAGAUGGCACCGGUUUUCAGAACAGUUGGAAGGAUUGUGGGACCAAGACGUCCCCCAGCGGCGCUCCCAAAACGCCCCCGGCUUCCAAAAGUCACCCAGAAGCCAACGAUCUCCUCGCCAGAAGGGGCACUGAGGUGGUCAGUGCAAGGGUCCCGGGUAAAAUCAGAGAUGGCUACAGAUCCAGUGUUCUUGACAUUGACGCCCUGAUGGCAGAGUACAAGAAGCAGGAGGUGGAGGAACCCCUGGAGGGGGCACCCUCGGUGCCCAGCGGCUCGACUCAGGAGAGGCCAGGCCAUCUAGGCAGGGUGGAACCAAGAAGGAGGAGUUGGAAGGAGAGGCCCGAAGCCGAGGGUCUCCAGAAACAAGCAGGUUUCACCGAAGCAAACCACAGUUCCGCUCCUGGCCCUGGCAAGCCACGGGCAGAGACCCCGGGGGCAACCACAAACACCAAAUCCAGCUCUCCUCUGUGGGCUUUGCCAGUCUCAGCUCCCUCUGAAAAAUAUCCAGGGGUUUCUUCAGGCCCCACUGGUCCCAGGAGAAAAGUCUCAGGAAUCCCCGAGGAUGCCAGAAGGGCCUUUGCUAGUAAACAUCAAGGUGCAAAGUAUUCAAAUUACCCAGCCGAGUCAAAGCCCCCGACCUGGGAGGAUCUGGGCAGUGGGGCCAGCGUGUUGCCCAAGUCGUCCCCUGCUCACCAGAAGAGAGGGACCCCGAGGAAAUCCAUCGGGACGGAAGAGGAGGCCAGUGUGUUCCAGUGGGGUGAUCACCCUUACGACCGUGAUAGGUCACAGCUGGAUGUCAAGAGAGCCUAUUCGGAGAAGGGUCCGCCUGCCAAAAUCCGAGAGGGCCUGUCUGCCAUGCAGGAAGCCAGAGAGAGGAGACGAGAGCGGCCCCAGGGGAGGUCCAGCCUCCCCGGAGACAGUUCUGAGGUCAAGGAGACCAAAAUGGGGCUCUGUCGGCGAGAGUCGGGGACUCGAGACCCUCAGAAGGUGCUGCCACAAGACCCAGAGAGGGAGGAUGCCCCGCAAGACAGUGAGCAGCUACUCUGGCAGGUGUCCCCUGCAGCCUCGGGACCCCGGAGAAGUCACAGUUUCUGCAAAGACAGGAGGAGCGGGCCUUUUGUGGACCAACUGAAGCAGUGUUUCUCCAGGCGGCCCCCCGAAGCCAAGGACACCGACACCCUCGUGCAGGAAGCCGACAGCCAGUAUGGGACGUGGACAGACCAGCGCCAGAGUGGGGAGAGUCUGGCUCCUGAGUCCCCGUCCCCAGACAGCAGUGCCGUGUCGGUGCGGCAACAGUUGCCCGGCAGCCGCCUGUCCUCCCUGUCCUCCCAGACGGAGGCCACCUCGGCCGGGGACCAGCACAGCGGCUCCAGGGACCAGCGGAGCACCAGCGUGGACCAAUCCAGCACCGACCUGGAAUCCACCGAUGGGACGGAGGGGCUGCCCCCGCCGGACGCUUGCCCUGCGAAGAGCGUGGACGACUUCUCCUUCAUUGAUCAAACCUCAGUCCUCGACUCAAGUGCCCUCAAGACCCGGGUGCAGCUCAGCAAGAGAAGCCGCCGCCGGGCUCCCAUCUCCCAUGCCCUCCGGCGCAGCCGAGUCAGCGAGUCGGAGAGCAGGUCUCCUUUGGAGGACGAGGCUGACAAUGCGUGGAUGUUCAAGGACUCAACGGAAGAGAAAUCUCCCAGGAGGGAAGAGUCCGAUGAGGAGGAGAAGCCACACAGGGCCGAGAGGACCCCCACCGGCCAUCCCCAGAGGAUGCCCGUGUUUCCAGGCAUGGACCCGGCCGUGCUAAAGGCUCAGCUGCACAAGAGGCCAGAGGCAGACAGUCCCGGCGAGACCCCAGGCUGGACGCCCCAGCCCAAGACCCCCAAGUCCCCCUUCCAACUGGGCAGUCGUGUGUUGCCCUCCAGCAUGGAGAAGGACGACAGGUCGGAAGAGCCCUCUCCCCAGUGGUUAAAGGAGCUGAAAUCAAAGAAGAGGCACAGCCUGUAUGAGAACCAAGCUUGAGCAGACAGGGGACACUGCCACGUCUAAUGAACAGAAGCCUUAACUGUCAGAACCCGAAGACGAGGCCACGCUGCUGCCAUUCGUUCCUGCACAUGGCUACCUGCCUGGGCCCUUGCAGUUGGGUGGAGAACACCGGCUGGGGCCUCCUGGCCCUCCGCAGGCUCACCCCGGAUCAGGGCAGCAAGACCCACCCUCCUCAAGUAGUUGCACGUCUCCCCCAGACAGCACUUCAGGCUGAGAACGAAGCCAGGCUGCCCAGAAUUGUCCAUGUUGGUGGUUUUGUGUGUUCCAUAAAAAUGUGCAUUUCUACCCACUUUUAGACACCACUCCAGGAACAUGGGUUUGAGGCUGGACCAUCUCCCUGGGUUCUGGAAAAACACCUGUAUUGUGAAAGCACUUCGUCCUCCAACCCCAGGGCAGGUCUCUUUCAAGAGCAUAUUUCCAAGGAAGAAGGAACCAUCCGUUUCCUGCUGUAACUGUGGUCCACGGCAGUGUUACAGGGUUGGGGUUUUGAUUGCUUUUUUGGCAAGUUCUGUCUCCCUCCCUCUCAAAGAAUCAGCAGUUCCAAUUUUUUAAACACACACGUCUUUGCAGUGUAUUAAUCCUUUCAGCGGGGCUGUGUGCACAGUUGACCUGUCUCAUUAUACGUCUUUUUUGUUUGCUUUAGAAGGCGUUAAAGCAAUAAUUCAGCCAAUUUUCUUUGAAAUUAGAUAUGUACAUAUGUUUUUUUAUGUUAAAGAGCAGAAGGAAAGAUAUGUGAAGAGUUUGCUUGACAUAUUUGAUCAUCUCAGGUUAUCUCAUCCCUACCCGAUGCUUUUAAAACAAAUUCUAAUUGUCACCCUUGUAUACCAAUCUUCUUGGUUCCUUUCCAUCUGAGCUCUGAUUUCUAUGGAGUGACCUUUGUCCCUUGGCCUCAAAUGUUCAUAAAUUGCAGCCCAAAUGGCAGUGCCUUUUCACUCAAAGAUCAGACCUGCCCUGAGAAUCUUUAUCUCCAGUCGUUUUUGAACAUCACCCGCACUGCCGGCAUGGAAGAACCUUUCCAAAUAGAUAGGUCUUUGAACAAAUGCAUGAAUGGGGGGUUCUUUUUUUUUUCUCUUCACCUCUUCCUUCUACCACUCCUCCGUCCCCCACCAACUCCACCUGACCAAGUGCUUAUUUUAGGUCCAAACGCAGGAAGUGAGGGUCUUGCUGAAACUCUUCUCUGGAUGAAAGUGCUGGAUGCUAGGUGACAAAGUAUAAGGUUCACCUUGCCUCUUUUUUUUUUUUUCUUGAUAGCACUAAGCUCACUUCCAGGAAUCUCCAGGACCUCUGGGGAUCGUCUUUCUUUUUGGAGAUUCUCAACACCAGCCUCCUCCACCUCUGAAACCCAAGGCUCCCGCAAACAUCCCAGAUAUGCUUGACUGGCCACCUGCCAUGCCUGCAGUCACCAUAAACUUUGUGCCAACCUUGCCUGGGCCGUUCACAGGGCACCCUGUGACCGCUGAGGGGUGCCAGAGCUGAGUUUCCUAAGGCUAUAUAUGGGGAUUGAGCACAUGUACGCCCACCCCCUGACUUCCCAGGAUGUGAAAAUCUUUCUUGAUAAAUCCAUUAUUUGCAAAGGGUGUCAAAACAUACCAUACCAUCCUUCCCCCUGGCCAUGUCUCCAGGGGUCUCCAUUUGUCUCCCCAUCUCUUCUUCCUCCCUCACCCUUUACCAUCUCUUCCUUCUCUUGGGGGGUGGGUGUGGGGGGUGAAGAGCAAUCCUGUUUCUUCAGGUUAAGCCAAACAUCUGGGCCCCGGAGGGCAGUUGUGGUUCAGCACCACGGACAGGGGCCGAAGCCCCACCCCCUUCCCCUCCCCCCACCCCGCCAGUCCUUUUGGCCGAACUUUGGCUACUGAUGGGCAGUUGUUGAACCAUGUUACCCACCCAACCUUUUGCAUCUGGACGCCUCAUUGCAUCUGUGUCUAGAGGUUUGGCCCUGCUUGGUAAUAACUUGAAUUCCUUUCAUUCCCCAAGUUAGUGGUCAAUCAGUUCUCUGGGGCAUUGGGUGGGAUGCAUCUAGGAACUGCUGCUUUGUGUGAUUUUCCUUUUUCCUUUCCCCUUUCACUUUCCCUUUCCUUUCCUUUUUAAAAAAAUUUUUUUUUAGAUCCACUUAAUGUUUUAGAACAGUUUUGAUGCAAUGGCUUUCCAGGUCAAUAGAUCCCCUUUAAAGACACUCCGCAUGUUCUGACCCUGACUCUUCCUGGCUCCUGCCUUUCUUUCCUUCAGGCGGGAAGGGUCCCUUGAUGCCAUUUUGGACAGUAGGAAUUUACCUGCUCAGUUCAAUGAGAAUAUUGAUACCAUGCAGAACUUUCCAAGGUUCGGUUCUGUUUUAGCUCAGUAUAUCCAACAGGAAAGAAGAACACUUGAACGUGAGAUUAAUCUGGAGAUCUUUUGCCUAUCCUCCCACACCUUGAUUGGAAAUAAGAAUCCAUUUAAUUCCUUCGUGAUUAGGAUGUACAAAGUCCGCCCCCCUUGAAAGUGACUAGAGCAGCCUCACCUCUCCACUGUACAAACGACCAUCACAGGGGGUCAGGAGCCACCGUCUCUCUGCAGGCUCCCCAUGAGCUCUGGAUCCCACUAUGACCAGCACAAUGAUGUUAGAAGUGACUGAUGCUUUGGAACUUUUGCAAAUAGCUGGGCACGUGUGUCAUUGGUUUUCUCCUCUUUCUAAACUGAGUGAGCUCUGGCAUUAAGUGGACAGUUGUAUGCUAGUUUCUUGAGUUUGCCUGGGCCACCUUUGGAUAUCUGUGUCUUCUAAAACUAACUUAAUAUGCCUUAACCAUUUGUAUGCAAUCAAGUCACCUGCCCUCAUCCAACCGCCUUCCUGGGGGCCUUUGGCUCUCCUUAAAUGAGAGCCUUAUACUGAACACAAAACCCUAUGUACGCACAGUCUCUCCCUCUGUCUACACACACACACACACACACACACACACCCUUUGCAUGUCAGCAUUUUGAUGGCUGGUCUUUUGAUCGAGUCUGUGUGUUUCUCCCCUCCAGUGGGUCCCCUUCUUCAUGGUCUUUUGCCUAAUGAAACAGAGGCCUUUGGCUUGUGAAAUCCCAUGGUGAGACCUCAAAAAUCAGUGUUGUGGGGAAUUCCUUGGUGCCAUCAGACAAAUUCUCGUGAACUCAAAGGCUUGCGUUGUUUCGAUGUUGGGGGUUUUGAAUGACACUGACCUGACAGCCUCAGGUUGUCCAGGAUUCAGGAAAAGGACAAUGAGAUGGGGAGUUUUUCCAGGGGGACAAGCCAAGUCAUCUGUUGUGAGACAAAUGUGUUUCCCUUUAUGUGUCCUGGGAAGUGAGGCCAACUCUAGGCAUUGCUAAGGAGCGAGAAUAGAAACAGGCACAGGUCUGAGGUCCCAGAGUUUAGGGGCUGCGCAAGGUAUUGGGGGGAAACCCUUGAUGUGCUUUCCCCACAGGAGAGCUCAGCUGCUCCCACCCGGUGCUGUGGACUGCCUCAUCCAUUUAUGCUUGUACAUGUCUUUGUCACAACACCCCCAGAUUGCCCCAGGAGCUAGGCAUAAUCACAAAGCUGAAAACCCACAGGCACACGGCCAGAUCGCCUCCCAAACUAAACACUUUGUCACAGGUGACUCGGGCCUGCACAGAAGACAGUGUCCCUCCCAAGGAGAAUGCUGGCAGGCCUGCCUCUCCCUCAUCAGUUUCUGUUUCUUCCCCCUCAACCCUUGUGUUUCCCCCUGCCCCAUAAUCCUGUCCCUUAACACAGGAAGCUAGGUUCCUGUCCCUAGAAUUUCAGGGUGAACCUGAGGGGAGGAGUAGAGGCAGGAGAAGAUCUCUGUCCAUUGGGGGAUACCCUCCCCCCCUUAAUUCACGCCGUGGCAAAGUCACCACCGUAAUGGAGAAACCUACAGCCUCAAUUGUGCCUUUCUUCCACCACCAUGUAUUAGACAUGGAAGCAAAACUCCCAUGGCACCAUGGUUCUGUGGGGUGGGAGGGACGGCACCGACCUGGAGGGAGCCACCUGGAAGAGGUAGGACCCACUCCACAUGUGGAAGGGAGUCCACCUUGGGUUACACCCACCUAGGAAGCCAUGGUUCCGGGCUCUGCUGGGCUAUGAGUCAACCCCACUGGGAUUCUGGGCAAGCUGAGGUUCUGGAAAUGUAGGGCCACAUAGAAAGCCAGUCAGUAUGCGAGUGUGACAGGUGUUCGCCAGCCUCUGUCCUUUGGUUCCCACCAUCCCACCUGUCUAGAAUUUGCUUUCUUUUGUUUGGAUUGAUUCCUGUGGGGAGGGGUGCAGAAAUCUGGGUUCUGCAGACUCAGCCUCAGGUUCCUGGAGAGCUAACCCUUAAAAUCAAUCGGCUUCUCCCCAAAUCUUCUUAAAUAGUCACUGUCCAACCUGGUGCCGGACCAUCUCCCUCUAUGAGUCCAACUGGCCCCUUUUUUUGACAAUCUCCCGUGGUGUCACGCCUACAAAAAAAAAAUUGCUGUUGUCUAAAGAACAAUUUGAGCUUUUUACUGGUCUCAUUUCACAUAGCCUUAUACAUCCUGUAAAUAGGGGGCUCAAAAAUAAUAUAUUGUGUUAUGGAAGAUAAUUUUGUACUGUGCUGUUUCCUAAAUCAUACUAAUAUCCUAGAAACGAUGUACUUCCCCGAUGGAUCUGAUCCUCAAAACACUUUGUAAGAUGGAGGGAGUGGAAAUAUAUAUAAAUCCGCUAUAUAUUUUCCUAGCCUUUCUUCUGGGUCCCUUCCUGAGAUAUUUGAGUCACGGUAGGAAAGAAACACCAGUCCUGUGUAUAGGUAAGUUAAACCUGCCUGCUGGUGUUCUUGCAAUUGCCUUAUGAAUUCACAAGCUCUAGGGGUUCUGAACAGAAGGUGGACGACAGGUACUUUAUCCAAUCCCAAAAAGAGUCUCUAAUCGCGUGACUGAGAAUUCAUCUAGAAAAACCUAUAUUUUUAACGUUAAAACAAAUGGGGGCUUCCUGGACCUCACAGAGUAUUGGAUACCUACAAGUGCUUUUAUAUUUUGUAACUGUAAAGAGGUUUCAUACGCACAGAAGAGCAGUUGGGAAUCUGGCCAACUGCCAUUAAAUAGGAUGACCUUUGCAUGUACAAAGAUGUUGCAUUCAGACUAUGAAAAUAGCAAAUAAAGCUUCGAUGCAAGUUGC